AACGUAUAUAACAGGAAAGGGAAGUCGUAAUUCCUCAAACAAAAUAAAUUCGUUAAAGCUGUAAAGUUAGAAACUUCACUAGAAUGCCUGGGUCAAAUCCAUUUGCCAAGUUCCAGAAGACCUUUUCUCAGCAUGGAACAUUAUACAAGUAUUUCGAUUUGGCUGCUAUUGAUAGCAAAUACAAUGAACUGCCCUAUUCUAUCCGAGUGCUUUUGGAGUCAGCGGUGCGCAACUGUGACAACUUCCAUGUUUUGGAGAAAGAUGUGCAGAGCAUCCUGAACUGGUCCCCGGCCAUCAAGCAAGGAGCCAAUGAUGUGGAGGUGUCCUUCAAGCCAUCCCGUGUGGUUCUGCAUGAUUACACUGGAGUUCCUGCCAUGGUGGAUAUUGCUGCCAUGCGAGAUGCUGUUUUGAAAUUGGGCGGUAAUCCCGAGAAAGUAAACCCUAUUUGCCCCUCGGUAAUGGUCAUCGAUCAUUCUUUGCCGGUGGAGUUUGCCCGUUCCGCUGAAGCCAUGACCAAGAACUUGGCUGUGGAAUUCCAGAGGAACAAGGAACGUUUUACUUUCCUCAAGUGGGCUGCCAAAGCCUUCGACAACAUGUUGUGUGUUCCACCUGGCUCAGGAAUCAUCCAUCAAAUCAAUUUGGAAUACUUGGCCCAUGUUGUCAUCGAAGAGGAUAAUUCCGAUGGUUCAAAGACUUUGUAUCCCGACAGUGUGGUGGGCACUGAUUCCCACACCACGAUGAUCAACGGACUGGGAGUUUUGGGCUGGGGAGUUGGUGGCAUCGAAGCAGAAGCCGUGAUGCUUGGACAAUCAAUUUCCAUGCUGCUGCCGAGGUUGGAGGGAAAACUCAACCCUCUGGUUACCUCCACCGAUUUGGUACUUACGAUUACCAACCAUCUACGUAAACUGGGAGUGGUGGGCAAGUUCGUGGAGUUCUACGGACCUGGAGUCGCGGAAUUGAGCAUUGCAGAUAGGGCGACCAUCAGCAACAUGUGUCCUGAAUAUGGAGCCACUGUGGGUUACUUCCCCAUCGAUGAGAACACCCUCAGUUACUUGAAGUUGUCGAAUCGCUCGGAGAAGAAAAUAUCUAUUAUUCGUGAGUACUUGAAGACCACUCGGCAGUUCCGCAAUUUCGAUGACCAAACUGAAGAUCCCAAAUUCACACAGAAUGUCUCUUUGGAUCUGGCCACGGUGGUUUCGUCUGUUUCUGGUCCCAAGCGACCACACGAUCGCGUUUCCGUUUCCGACAUGGCAGAAGAUUUCAAAUCUUGCCUGUCCAGUCCAGUGGGUUUCAAGGGCUUUGCAAUCACCCCAGAGGCACUGAAGGAUGUUGGAGAACUGAAGUGGGAGGACGGCAAGACCUACAAUCUGCAUCACGGAUCCGUGGUCCUUGCAGCCAUUACAUCCUGCACGAACACCUCGAAUCCCUCGGUGAUGUUGGGUGCUGGUCUCUUGGCCAAGAACGCAGUGGAAAAGGGACUCGAAGUUUUGCCCUAUAUCAAGACAUCCUUGUCGCCUGGAUCUGGAGUGGUGACCUACUACCUCGAAGAAUCUGGUGUGAUUCCCUACCUGGAGAAGUUGGGUUUUAAUAUUGUGGGUUACGGAUGCAUGACCUGCAUUGGAAACUCAGGACCCCUUCACGAAAAAGUGGUAAACGCCAUUGAGGACAAUAAUCUUGUGUGCGCAGGAGUUCUCUCCGGAAACAGGAACUUCGAGGGGCGCAUUCAUCCGAAUACCCGUGCCAAUUAUUUGGCCAAUCCUCUGUUGGUCAUCGCAUAUGCCAUCGCAGGACGAGUGGAUAUUGAUUUCGAGAAGGAACCUUUGGGAAAGGAUGCCGAUGGAAACAGUGUGUUCCUGCGCGAUAUUUGGCCAACACGAUCGGAGAUUCAGGAAUGUGAAAAUAAACAUAUUAUUCCUGCUAUGUACCAGAAUACCUACAGCAAGAUUGAUCAGGGAACCCCUGAAUGGCAGUCGUUGCAGAUCCCAGAUAGCAAACUAUUUUCCUGGGAUCCCGAGUCCACCUACCUCAAGGGUCCUCCCUUUAUCGAUGGCAUGACCCGCGAUGUUCCCAAACUGAAGAAUAUCGAAAACGCUCGUUGUUUGUUGUUGCUGGGUGACUUUACCACCACGGACCACAUAUCUCCAGCUGGAGCGAUAGCCAGGAACUCUCCGGCCGCUCGUUACCUUGCCGACCAUAAUGUUACUCCUCGGGAUUUCAAUACCUAUGGAACUCGACGUGGUCACGAUGGCGUCAUGUCGCGAGGAGCCUUUGGCAACAUUCGCUUGGUAAACAAGUUGAUUUCGAAGACAGGACCGCGCACUUUGCACAUUCCCAGCCAGGAGGAACUGCCCGUGUUCGAUGCUGCCCAAAAGUACCGCGAGGAGGGCACUCCUCUGGUUCUGAUCGCUGGCAAGGAUUAUGGCAGUGGAAGCUCGAGGGAUUAGGCCGCCAAGGGUCCUUGUCUGUUGGGAAUUAAGGCCAUCAUUGCGGAGUCCUACGAACGAAUCCAUCGAUCCAACCUGGUGGGCAUGGGCGUUAUUCCUUUGCAGUUCUUGCCUGGUCAAAAUGCUGAGACUUUAAAGCUCAAUGGUCAUGAGGUUUACAAUAUUAUUCUGCCGGAAAGUGGAUUGAAACCUGGUCAGAAAAUCAAGGUUAAGGCUGACGACACUGUCUUUGAAGCUAUUCUUCGUUUUGAUACCGAUGUGGACAUAACCUACUACAGGAACGGAGGUAUCCUCAACUACAUGGUUCGCAAGUUGUUGGCCUAAAUGUUAUCUUUGCAUUUAUGUGCAUUUAUUUGUUGUAUAUUGUAAAUGAAACUGAAUUAAAUAGAAAAAUCUUUGUGAUGCAGCA